AUGGUGUCUCCGGGUAAGCGACGCGAUUCUCAGGCCGUGCGAAACUACGAGGCGCGGCCCGCCGUUGAAUGGGGCAGUUUCCGGGACGGGUGUAUUCUGUGGAUACGCGACAGAGCAUCCGUUGAUCGUCACAUCCCGUCGCUCACGGAUGGGUUCAGAAUGGAUGACUGGGUCUAUGACCAUCCAUGCGUGGUCCUCAGGUUUUACAAACACGAUGUGAAGGGCGAGAUGGUCAAAGUGGCUCCGGUCACCGCGCAUCCCCAAAAGUCCCCUGGCGAAUACAUCCCGAUCGCUCCCCUCAACGCCCGCAAUGGCUGCCAGCUCACAUUGCGCAAUAAGCGUGCUCUUGAGAAACCAUCCUACGUGAAGAAGAUUUGCUUCGAGAUCGAUGCCAGAAUGCUUGCUCUUUUCAGCGGGGUCAGUGCAGAUACAUUCCGUCUGACGAAAGGGUCGAUGAAGCUGUUGCUGGCCAAAAUGCCCCCGGUGAUCGAGUGGGCCGUCCCCGAGCCACCUUCUUCCUCCUCGAACGGAAACACCGUUUUACCACAUGGUGCCUCCGAUCAUCGCACAAAUUCCACACCCGAGAGAUUGAAUCGAGAUGUUGAAGCUCAGUCACUCCUCGGGCAUCCAGACUCGCAAGUAACGGGAUACGGAAGCACUGGAUUCUUGGGGAAAUCCUCUUACGUUGCAAGAACCCAACAAAUACGGUGCAUCGCCGAAUUGGUACUCAAACUAAUGUUGUGCAUUCCGAUGCUUCUGGUGCUCAUUGCUUGUGUUACUGCAAGGUUCAUCGGCGAUUUUAUGUUGAGAGGUCCAGUAACGACAUACGACGCUGCGGGCAAGCUUUUGCUCGCUUUGUGGACGAUAAGUCUUGCGGAUAUGGUUGGGGACUACUAG